UCCAGUCUCAUUGCGUUUCUGAUAUAAUUUUCAUAAUUUGUCUGGGCUUUUGGCAAAUAUAAGAUUUAAUUUUGUGAUUAUUGAAGUGAAUAUUUAAAAUGAUUUUUCGGAAAUAAUAAAUAAACUAAAUAUGUAGCAAAUAAAUGAAUAAUUGUUAUAGACUGUUAAAUAAGAAACCUUUGAAGUGUAAAUUUAGACAGGGACAAGUUAUAAUAAAAGAAAAUUGUGAAGUUUUCUAGGUUGGAAUGGGAGACAAGUGAAACAAGAAAGAAGUAAAUAAAAAAAACGGACAAAUAAAAGUGUUUUUCGUUCGGAAGAGGAGGUGGUGGGUGCUCUUUAUCAAUCUCGGUAGUGUUAAUUAGAACGGAAUUGUCUACCGCAGAACUCGAACAUAAUUUUUUUUUUGGCUUAAACCCACAAUCUAUGGAUAGAUAAAUGCAGUUUUAUAGGAUUGUAAAUACUUGACGUUACCAAAUCGUCAUAUUGAAAGACCUGACACGACAAAAAAAACAUUUAAAAUUGUGUCAUGAAUACACUUGCAUUUUUGCACUAAUAAAAUGCAGUAGCGCGUUUAAAUCCAGCUCCUGAAGAUAACUGUGAAAGUCUAAGAAGCAGUAUAAUGGAGAACAAUGGAGACGAAAUGCGGCGCCAUAUACGUCAUGAAAUUGAAGUUCCAGCCUAUCAUCAUGAAAUGGAAAUCAACGACGAUGGACCCGACUCCUAUGGUCUGGUCUACGAUCGUGGCGACCGCCCAUCGACUUUGGGAUUGUCAAUCGAACAAAGUCCAUUAACAUUCUAUAUGGGCACAUCCGCCGAAUCUGCGGCAGCUACAGCCGCGGUAACAAACUAUCACAACUUACCCAGCUAUCCGCCACCUGUACUGACACCAACUACACCCCCCAAUGCAACAACACACUAUGAAGGUAUAACCACAACGAUAUCCUAUGAUCCCGCAGUGAAUGCACCGUCGCCUUCCGUGUCUACACAACCAAUGGUUGGUUCUAUUGGAGUACAAAUGUAUCCACCGGUGCGACACCAUCUGCAUCAUUACAAUCACGUACAUUCCCAUCGCCAUGCUCUGACACAUCGACCUCACCAUACAGUACAUUCACACAUUCAUCCACAUGUGCAACAACAUCAGCAUCAGCACCAAAUCCAACAUCAACAUCAGAAUAUGCACUCAGCAACAUCCACCGUACAAAUGGAUGGUGAUAUUCCAAGUGAACGUUGCGCUUAUGAUGCUUGUUUGAUAAGACGUGAUCCUUAUUUCGUGUGCAACAAAUGUUUGUCUGACACAUGCCACUGCGCACAUAGAACCUCCGGCGGGCUCAACCACUCAUCUUACGACACUGUACAUGGUGCAGACCAUAUGCAUGGUGCACAGCAUGAACAACAACAGCAAGAAACAUUGACAACUAAUCUUAUUACAAAUGAAUUGCCAAGGGUUAAUCAUAUGGAUAUUAGUGAGGUACCAGAUGAGGCGAAUGAAAAUAUAGCUACUAGUUCCAAUGCAAUUAUGCAAUUGCAAGAUACUGAACAAGUCGGAACAGUUGACGCUGUUAAUGAUGAACACGAUUAUGCAUUAGAUGGUUUUUGGACACCUACAGAUCGUUCAAGAGAUGGAACCGCCCUAACCUUGCCACAUACUCCUACUACUGCUGAUACUCAAAAGACUGAUAUUAAAUGCAAACAAAUGCUUGCCAAUUCCACCCAAAUGACCGAUGCAAACGCCACGAUUGGGACUGCUCUAAAUACCGCCGCCUUUGGUUCCGAAAAUCAAAGGCAUUUGACACACAAUAAUACUGUCCGUACACCUCAUUAUGCUGCAGUGUCUACCAUAACCAGUAGUGCUAUGACAGCUGAAUCCUCGGCUAUCGCUGAUGGCAAUGCAUCCGUCGACUCGCUGGAUGAUGAAAUGAUGGUAGCAUCAACCACGACCGCAGUAAACGAUGAGGGAAAUGAGGAGUCGGAAGGUAACAGAGGGUUAACAGGUGAUAUCAGGAGUAACAGGUUAGAUCUGUCGACGAGCGCAAAUGCUAUUGAGAGAGAUAGUGAUGAAAAUUUGCAGUUACCUACGGAAUCUAGCGAGGCGUUAGCGCAUACAAACGAUACCUUUCAUACAUCUCCAAUAUCACUUAAUAACAGCGACGAGGUGACCUCUGCAUCUGACACAGAACGCGCUCAUUUUGCGGACACAUGCACCACCAACACGACUACAACCACAUAUGCUAUAAAGAAGCAGAGUAAACCUACAAAUGCAGUAGGCUCUAGUGGCGGCAAUGGAAACGGUAGUAAUAAUGCUGGUGGUGCUGACGGCAGAAGCAGCGUUAGCAGUUCGAUCAGUAAUCGUGGAUCGGUGGGCAACGUAGACGAUUUAGCUGACAUGGAUGCAUUACCCAGCUUUAGUGGAGCUUCAAACAACAACUGCGCUACACCUAACGGCUUUAGUGAUGAAGCGCAUUCAUCGACUAAUUUUCGCUCCGUUGGCAGCUCAGCAUUUGCUUUAUUUAAUAGCGAUCACAGUGGAGCUACGCAUCAGGCAGAUGAUGAUGGUGGCGAUGAUGAUGAUGAGAUUAUUUGGAAUUUGCAUAAGCCGCGCGUUCAUAGUAAUACUAGCACCCCCGGAGGAUCACAACAUGUUAGGCCUAAUCCGCAUGAAUUUCUGCGUUGGCGGGAACGUGAACGUCAACGCAUUAAAGAUCGCGAGCAGCAACAGUUUAGGAGAGGUGGGGUUACUAAUGAAUGGUUGCGCGAUUCCAGGGAAGAUGAAACGGAUCGGCGUGAAAUCUAUUCACAAGAAAGAUCGAGCAGCUGUCAACCAGCAGAUGGAACCCCAAGGGCCGCCAAAAUUCCACGUAUAAGCAGCAGCCUUGUACGGUCUAAUAUUGAUAAUGCCAGCUGUGGUAUUAUAUCUGUAGAUAAUGAUGCUACUAACUCCAGUGAUUCCACUGAUAGACGGACUGCGCGUCGUAUAAUGUGGCGCAUGCUGAAUGUACAUGAGUCCAGCGAGGUAGAUGAGGUACCACAACCACCAUCUAAUCAACAUGUGCCGGAGGUCUCUCGGCCUUUGACCCCACCUAGUAGUUCAGCGCCAUCGGACAAUGGUGCGGCAGUCGAACGGGGCUCAUACGUGAUCACAUAUGCUGGUCAUAGUGUUGGUCAUUCAACAGACAACAGUGUAGUGCUUCUAGAGGACAGUGAUUUAGAGGAGCAUCCCCAUAUUUAUACCACUGGGUAUUCAGUGAGAUCUGCGUCUGAUGCGGGCGAGGUAGGCGCAUCAGUAACUUUACCUACAGAGGUGACGGCGGUGUCAUCGCCUACGGUAAUGCAGCCCUACAUCGAUGACGAGCAGCCAACUUUUUCCGGAGCCGUAGCUACUAACUCUGUUGAAACUUCUACGUCCGCCAGUGGGGCAAAUAAAAACAGUUCUAUAGCCACUGUGACAAAAAGUCCAGCUUCCAUGGACAUAUCCAAUAGAAGUGGUGAUGGUACAGCUGUAUUAACCGCUCCUGAUUUGCAAUUGGAUUGGUUAUCGGAUUCCACUGGUGACGAUGAUGAUGUUGUAUUCGUUCAUUCCACUCGCGAACCAAUACUAUCCAUUGAUCUUACCACCGAUGAGGAUACGCCUGCCCCAGUACAAAAUGUAAGCGGUGAUGACGGAACCGCUACAGAUUCUAACGGAGCAACAAUAGACGGGAUGGAAAGCGCACAAUCGAAUUAUUUCCGCUUGAAUCCACAAUUUAGAGAUGUGGCAGCAGGCGGUCCAUUACUGCAUCCAUAUGCAGUCGUUCCGCCAGGUUAUCAACAGUGGGAUGUAGCCGGAUCGAAUAAUCAGCAACAAGCGUCGUCUAAUAUUGAAACUGAUGAACCCCUAGCACAUCCGCAACACCAUCACGAAUGUAUGAGGCAUGCCGUUUAUCAGCCGCAACAGGCGCAUCAACCGCAACACCAGCGAUUCUCCUCACUGCUGCGUAAUCGUUAUUACAAGUAUAUACCAGCUCCAAAUCCAUUUUACGAACCACAACAAGCCCAUCAGUCACAACACCAACGACCCAUGAUGCAUGAGCUGCAUGGGCUUUGUCCGGAAAUGCGGCGUCUUCGACGUUCCCCACAAUUAAAUAUGCCGACGGCGGCCGCCACAAUGGCCCGCUCGGCGUUACCAGUUCUACGCAGCGGUGCCACAGCAACAGCACCAAAUACGGAUGGCGCCAUUAUUUCUAUACCCACCAUUGAAGAGGUGUCUUUGCAGGACUUAUUUGGGGGUCGUGUGCCAGGGGCUCAUGCACCUAUGCAUCCACAUCAGAGUCGCAACGAAGGAAACAAUCUUCUCUACUCAACUCGUCCUACUGGACCUUCACGCUUUCCCAGGGGUAUACCUACUGUCAGCCUUAGCGACGGCGUCGACGCUGCUGACAGUUCAAAUGUUGCUGUUGGCAGCAGCGGUUCAUAUUCAAAUGCGUCAGUUGGUGAUAACAACAACAACAAUAAUAGUAGUCCACCCAUACCGCAAAUAGCGCCAUUUUAUUUACACUGUCGACGCGCCGAUGAUGAAGUGCCGCCACUUCAACGAACUAUUCAUUCACAACAAGAGCCCAACCUCAUUCCUUCAUGUUCGUUCGGCCGUAGUCGCACGACAUUAGCCGGUGCGGCAUUAGCGGCCGCAGCAGCAGCUGCACGGGGGUACCCCCAUACCGACAUCAGCGCAGGACACAUGCAAGGCGUAUCACCAACAGCACCUAAUUACGUGUCUUCUGCCACAGCUCCAGCAGUACACCCACCGGGUCCUCCGCCCGACGCUGCCUCAACACUGACCGCUGUUGGACAUUCGAGUAAUAGCGGUGGUGGUGGUAGUAACGGAGGCAGCGAUGAACGUGUCAGUGGCAUGCUGCCCUAUCCCACAUUUGCGGUAAAUGCGCGAGCACGUGCCCCACUCCCUACGCUGAUGGGUCGCCUGCAACCAAGUGGUAGUGGUAUUGGCGGCCCUUCUGGUAGUGCUGGUCAUCAUAGUGGUGCUCGUCAUAGCGGUGCAGCACCGCCGUAUCCCGUGCACCAAAAUCUUUGGUACCGCCAACAACAUAUACAAGAAAUACAUCGUCGCCACAUGACACCCACACCCAUUGAUUUGUCCUCGAAUCCACUGAAUCUAACAAAUAGUUUCCGUUGGCGUUCUCAGCUACCGAAUACAUGCUCGUGUGUGCAUGCCAGCAACGGACCGGUGUCCAGUUUAGAUCCGGCGUACUAUCCUUAUGAAGCACAACAACGUCGCCGGUCGGCCGUGCAUCACCACAUGUUCCAUCAUUACUCACCGGUGCAUCUGGAAAUUGGACUUUCUACACCACUUUCACACAUAGGGCCGCAUAUUUUAAUUGGUUCUACCAUAAGACCGAAUCGUGGCGCCACUUUGGAAAUCAUUGAACGCAACACAUUGCCACAUAAAUACAAACGUGUUCGCCGCCCAAGCGAAUCUGACGAGGAUGCCGAGAAGUGUGCCAUUUGUUUGUCAUUAUUUGAAAUUGAGAAUGAUGUGCGCCGUUUGCCAUGCAUGCAUCUCUUCCAUACUGAUUGCGUCGAUCAAUGGCUGGUCACAAAUAAGCAUUGUCCCAUCUGUCGUGUGGACAUUGAGACACAUUUAACCAAAGAUGCGACCACCACUAGUGCUUUAUGACACUCAUCCACCACGGGACUGCUUAUGUAAAGUGAGGAGAAGUGAGCGGGCAGGAGAGAGAAUAGUAAAACUAAAAUCUGCUGCGUUCAAAACAAGCAAGAAAUCAGAUGGAAACCAUACAAAACAUAGCCUGAUAUUAAUUGUCAUGCAAAAAACUUUGAUCGCAAUUAAAAGCAGAAUCCCUAGAUAUAAGUUAUUUAAAAGCCAAAAGAAAAAAUAUGUAAAAUAUCUAUAUUAUUAUUAUUAUUAUUAUUAUUAUUAUAUACAGUAUAAUGCAUGUGAAGAAAUGAAUUAUAGCUUAAAGCUAUUUCCUAAUUUAUGUAAAUAUUUAUUUUUUAUAUGUAAAUAUUUUUUGUGAAGAACCACUUUUCCAUUUUUUUUAUUAUUUUUGCUUAUAUUAUAUGGUGUUGUAGAUGGCAUGAUGUGUUAAGUAGACAACGCCAGAAAGAACUUGUGGAAAGCAAACAUAUUAAAUUGUUCAAUAACCUUAAAAAAUAGUGCUCGUGCAUUACCAUAAAUUGAAACGUUUUUGUAAUUUUUUUAUGUUCAUUUUGCUAUUGGAAUUUUAUUGUUAAUAAAACACACAUAUUCCAAAAGUGUACCAAAAUAUAUAUAUAUAUAUAUAUCUUUCAAAAAAGUUGAGUAAAAUUAAAAAAAAAAAAUAUUUUUAUGCACGAUUAUUUGCUUAAUAAUAAUACAGUAUAUUGUUUGAGCAUAUUUUGGAAUACUAUUGAUUCAGAAUUGUUAUUUCAUCGAAGAAAGAUUUAUAAACUCUUUGAAGUAAUACAAAACUAAGUUUUGGAAAAUGAUAAAGGUGAUUUUAAAUCCAAUAUACAUGGGUGUAAUGUGUAUAUACAAUAAUUUUUUACUAAGUAAAUUAAUUAAUCAUACAAAAUUAAAUUGCUAGUUGUCCGCAUUUUUCCAUUGAUAGUUUUGCGUAACUGUAUCUCUUUACUGAUUUGUUCUUUGUUUUGCUCCAAAUAACACAAAUAAUUGUUCUUUACAACACUUAUGUUUAUUUAUAUAAAACGAAUUAUUUUUACAUAUUAUUUGUUAGUAUUGAAUAUUAUUGGAAUUGCAGUCGAAGCUCUGCAACAUGAAUGUGAUAAGCUUUUAUUGCAAAAAUGUAAAAAAAAAAUAUUUAAAGUUACACUUUUUGUUGUAAAAGACUAAAGAGAGGUGUAUGUAUUAUUAGUGUACAUAUAUACAUAAAUACAUGUGCAUCAUUUAUCAUGUAAAUACAUAUACUCACACUUGGUGUGGUGAUAUUGUUUUCUACUGAAUUAUAUGCAACAUAUUUUGUCACUCAAUUAUGCUUUCAUUGUUAAGUUCGUAAAACUGAAAUUAAAUUGUUCUUACAUAUGUAGAUAUAAUAUUGCUACAGGUAUACUUUUUGGUCACUUGAAAACUUAGUACUUUAAUAAUAUGAGUGAAAUUGUGAAUUGGAAUUGUUAUUGUAUUACUUAGCGAUUAAUUACAUUAUUUCUAUACAGAUAUGUACGUCAUAUAAUAUUCUGUUAUAAUAAUGUAACUUUUUUGCGCUUUGAUUACAACUCAUUACUUGAAAAUAUUAAACAUAAAUUAAUUAAAAAAAUAAAUGAAAUGAAUCACUCAUGAAAGAUAAGAAUACAUAUGUACAUAUAAAUAAUAUAAAGCAAUAAUUGCAUAUUAGUUUAAUACAAUCGUUUUGAAUAUAUGUAAAUAUAACGUCAUUUUCAUUCACACAUACAAAUAGAAAUUCAGUCGCAUGCACUUGUCUCAGUCUCAAACACUUAGCUUUAGUUUGCGCUCCCAAGCAAAACAAUAUCAUAUCCAUACAACUACUAGUAGCAACGCUGUGCCAUAGCAUAUUGUAUAUAAAACCAAAAAGAGUUGGUAUAAAUUAGAUAUGCCACAAACACAAAAUAAAAUUCGGUAGUCAUAGUACGAUUCGAAAGACCUCAAAUCACUCAGCAAUUUGUAAAAAAACAGAGUUCCUCCAAGCAAAUUGCGGCAAAUCAAUUAUUGUGAAUUUUUGUAAAUAAUUUCUAUUAAAUUUUCUUAUUAAGCAUUGUUUAUAUAUAGAUUUAUUGAAUACUGUCCCAAAAAUUAUAUAUAUUAUAAUGUCAUAUAUAUAAAUAUGUUAAAAUAAAUAUAUAUAUGAAAAAUAAAAGAGAUAUUGCACGAUUGCCAGAUUGGAUUAAUUAUAUAAACUCAUACCAACAUAUGUAUAUCUCAGUAAAUAAGUUGAUAUAACAAAUUUCUUUAAAUAAGCUCUUCCAAUAAUAUAAUAAAGGAAAAACCGAUGCAAGCCACACAUUCAGCCGGUGCGCAUAUUGUUAAUUGAAAGUGUUACUCGUGAAAUCGCUUAGCUUUUACAACUGUAAAACUUAAAUAUGAAUAAAGGAACUUAUAUAAAUGUUUAAUAUACAAUGAUACACAAA